CGCGAAUUCAGAGUGAACUUGCUCAAUCUUUGAAAACAUCCAGAUAAAGAAAAAGUGGAUUGUCUUAGUUACUGCCUUUCUGUUCAGUAUUUUCAAAGUUGUAUGAUUUGUUAAGGACAGGGUACCAAGUAGGCUCACAGACUUCCCAUCACUCGGUACUCACUUUACUGAAAGCAUAUUUGAUCGUCCACUUUCACUGAAUACUUAACUACGAGAUUCACUGUUGCAUCAUCAGUGUUGCUUCACCCGCAUCACGAACGACUGAAGACCCAAGCACGCAAGAUGCCGGCCAUCGGAGCCACGAAGGGGGCCGUGCUGUUCCACCUCCUGAACAUCAACCUGCUGAUGGACCUGGGCGCCCCGCCGCCCGACCCCGUCGCGAGUCCCGCCGUCUCAUCCAACGUGGAGGAAGUUUGCCACAUUGUGUACGGCCAAAGGACUUGUUUCUCUAUGACUGAUCCUUGGUUCUCUUCGUCACGGCCUGUGGUGAAGGCACCCUUGGCACCCGAGGAGCUUGGCACUUCCUUCACACUCUUUACUCGCCUUAACGACACCUUUCCUGCGACCCUGGACCCCGGCGACCUCAACACCAUCGUCAACGCUCCCUUCAUCCCAGGAAAGCCCUUCAAGGUGGUCACCCACGGCUACCUCUCCUACGGCGCCGUCGGCUGGAUAAAGACAAUGACGGGAGAGCUCCUCCGGGCGGCUGACCAGAACGUGAUCGUAGUGGACUGGGGCGUGGGCGCCAGGCCUCCCUACACCCAGGCCGUGGCCAACAUCCGGAUGGUGGCCUCGCAACUCGCCUACCUUAUCUACCUGUUCAAUAAGUUCGCCGACGUCCCGCUCUCCUCCUUCCACCUGAUCGGCCACAGCCUCGGAGCGCACAUGUCUGGCCACACGGGGUCCUACCUCAAGAAAACCUACGGACUCACGCUGCCCAGAAUCACCGGCCUGGACCCCGCCGAGCCUUACUUCAACGACACUAACCCAGUGACCCGACUCGACCCGAGCGACGCCGACUUCGUUGACAUUAUCCACACAGACGACUCUCCAAUCCUCGGCUUCCCACUCAGCGUGGGCAUGACUCAGCCCAUCGGCCACCUCGACUUCUUCCCCAACGGAGGACACAACCAGCCGGGCUGCAUGGGUGACGUCAACUGCCAGCACCGACGCGCGAUCACCUAUUUCACGGAAUCCAUCAGGCAGUCUUGUCCCAUGAUAGGUGUUGCCUGCUCAUCAUACGGAGAGUUUAUUGAUGGUGACUGCUGGGGCUGCGACGACAAGCACCCCUGCUCAUACAUGGGCUUGGACGCCGCGCCUCUGCCCUCACAACCCCAGCUCACCAAGCUCUAUCUGCAUACAUGGGAACGCAGCCCAUUUUGUGGCUACCACUACCGUGUGACUGUGGAAUUCAGCAACUCCACGGAGGCUCAGGAGAAACUGGGAGAGUUUGGCAUCAUCCACCUCAGACUCACCGGUAACAAGGACAAGUCACCACCCAUCAAGCUGUCUGAAAAAUCGAAGUACUACGAAGCUGGCUCAGUGCACCGCCGUGUUAUCCUGACCCACGACAUCGGUGACCUGCAGACGAUGGGCGUGACCCUCGAGUAUCCAAGGUCAAUCAUGUCUUGGGUCCGCCUCGAAAAGCCAACCUUCUUCCUGGAAUCUAUCACCGUCGAGCCUCUGGGGGAAGCCACGAAGUGGAAGUACUGCAUGACAGAACGUGUCCAGAAGAGCGGCUACGAAUACAUUCUUUCGUCAAAACAGUCGUGUUAAGUGCGUGGAACAUUGUAAAAAGGAAAAAAAAAAGACUGCUAAAGUUCCCCUCUAUGCGGGGAUUGUUACAAUACUCAUUUAAUCGUCAGUCAGCGCACAGCAAUCGCUGAACGACAGUAGAUUAUCACUGCAAUUAAGUCCAGUGUUAUCAAUCACACAGACUUUACGAGGGCAGCCAAAUGACCACACAGCUGAUACUUAAAAACAACAACAGCGCUAACCGGCUUUCCCAGAGGUGUGACUGGGUCUUUGUGGAAAUAUCUGACCGGGUGCCCAGUCUCAGCAUUCCUUAAUAACGUGAAAUACUGUAUCUUAAGGUAAAGCCAGCACAGUUGUAAAUGGGCGUCCCGAAAAUUUCAUUUAGUUGAGUGAAAAAUAUUCAUUCACAGUGGGAACGUUGGAUGCCUGAGAAACAAUGAUCUGCUUGUAGGUUAAGAUGAUCUAUUUAUGUGUUGUAAAUAUAUAUCUUUUGUAUUUUAUGAAUGAAUAAAUGAUAAACGAUAAGA